AAUGCACGUGUAUGCAAUUACUCAUUUCCUCUGGCAAAAGCCAGAGGUCAAAGCUGAAUGUCUUCUUCAGUUCUCCUCCAUCUUAUUUAUUGAGACAGUGUUUCCCUGAUUUGGAACCUACUCAUUGAGCUAGACUGGCUGGCCAGCAACUGAGCACCCUGCCUCUUCUGCCUCCCUAGCACUGGGAUUGUCCAAGUGGUUGGCAAGUCCAGAUGAUUGGGAAUGAAUGCAUGUCCUCAUGCUUACAUGGCAAGCACCAUACUGUGAGAGCCACUGCCCUGCCCUAAAAUACUUAGUCUUUUGUUGCUAUUUUAUACAUAAUACUGCUUCUCAUUUGAUUCUCAGAUGGUUCAUCAUUAAAGAACAAACCAGUGGUUUUCAUGUGUUAACUUGGUAUCUUUGCUGAAUUUCAUGUUCUCUUAUGAUAUUGUGAAACCUUCCCUAUUUCCUAUAUACACAACUAAAUAAUGUGUGAUCAAGGAUUAUGGUCCUUCCUCCUACCUGGGAUGCACAGUCUCAAGUGAGUGAGCUGUGACAAAAGUCUCACAGACAUGCCCACACUUCUACUAUACUCAGAACCAAGAGCCUCAAUUGUGCCCACCAUAUUCCAUUUGAGUUCAUGUUUUCAUGAGACUGAUGACCCUGCCCCACCCACAUAGGAAACAACAACACAGGAGAACAUGAUUCAUUGGCUGCUGGCCUUUGCCCUACACCCUGCCCUCUUGAACUCUAGUUUUUGUGACCAGAAAUCAUGGAUAUAUCUAGGUUCCAGAACAGUUUCAUCCCACUGAUAACUACCUCUACAUCUUGGGAAGUUGAAAUUGUGGUUGGUUCAGUGUCAUGAUCUAGCUCAACAGUCUCCUUUGUUUUCAUUUUUGGAAUAAACAUCAUAUAUCAUCCAGGAAUUAUAUAUGAGGUUGGUUCUUAGUAUUUUACAUAUGUCAAGCAUAGGUUCUGUGGUUUGUGAUUCCAUAGGUAACAUUCUAUCAACCAUAAGGGGUGAAGUAACCAUCUGGGUAUGAGAGCCUCACCAACACCAAACAAUGCCAGGCCUUCCUUUGCACAAAUAAACUUUCCCAAGACAGCACUCUCCGAGUCACAGUCACCCCAGUGAGCCACAUCACUCUUAACAAACUGACUGGAUUUGUUCAUCACACCAUGGCUAGGGAAAGAAAGCACAGACCUAGGAAUGGCUCCAGACUCACUGUUGGUCUUCACUUCAAGGAACCCAGGCAGUUGAAGCCAGGAAAGGUAAAUGGCACACAGGACAGAGUCCAGGAGAAACAUGCCCAGGUUCCAUUUGGCCUCUUCCAGUGGAGUCCAAAGGACAGUGAUUAUCUGUUGACAUGUGUACAGAGAAUUGCAAAUCUGGAAACACCCAUGAGUCCUGAUGACCAGGGACUCUGUUCCAGCUUGCUGUUGCAGACAUGGCACACCUGUGCAGCUGACAUGAAUACCAAGACCCCAGUCCCCCAGGAAGCCACACUGAUCCUGACAGGGCACAAUUGUUCACAUGGCUGAGGAGGCUUGGACUGAGGAUGAAGGGAAGCAAACAGUGCUAGUAGGCAGAUGUUUACCAGAGCAUCCAGGUUAUCUCCCAAGAGCUGGUGACAGACCAGGGAACACUUUACAACAUACAGUGUGUGACAUCUAGUACCUGUUCAGUGCACUUACCUCGCGGGUCCUCACUUGGCCUGAAGCAGGAAAAUCAUGCUUGGGUUGACCCAUCCCACUCUGGGGCCAGCACCCAAUCAGCACAAUUACUUCUCUUUAAUGAUGUCAUACAUGACACACAGGAGAGAGGUGGAGACCUGAAGAAUAGCAGAAAGUGUGACACCUAACAUCCAGGUUUAACAUGGCUUCAGAAGUUACCCUGGGAGGGUCUUGGGGGUAAAUCAGGAGAAAGCCACCAGCUUGAGCCAAUCAGUAACCAGAGCACAGUUGUGUCUGUCCCUCCACUCCUGACUGUAAUGCAAACUGGUGCCCUGACUCCCAUUCAGGCCUGCAUCCAGGCCAAGUUGGAACUAGAGAAAGACCCUUGUCUGUGCCGCAACAUAAGGUGCCAUCGUAUGUAAAUGGGUUGGAGAGGACCAAGAGCCAGGAACAGGAACAGGGAGCAGACUUGAGGCCUUCAAGCCAGCUAUAAGCAUGGAAUCCCCAUGGGCUCUGGUGACAUAGACGUGAGUGGCAGGGCAGCUGAGAGGAGGAGACCCAGUGUCUAGUCCUUGCUGAGAUGCUGCAAACAGUGCUAGAGAUGGACUCAGCUCAUCUCUAGCUGAGCUCCUGCCUCCCUUCUGCCACACUGGAUGGUACUGCAAAGAGUCCCAGCCUGCAUUCCACUGGGAUUUCUGAGACUUUGCUCUUCAGAGGUCUGGAUCCCCAACAAGGACAGGGACUGUGCCUUUGCUGACGCUAGAGAGUUGGCAUGUGCAGUCUGACCAGCAGUGCCCACCAUAAUAGUACCCUUUGUUGAGAGGCUCAGGAGUAAUCUUUCCAUUUUCCUCAUGGCUACCCAUGCUAACCACAGGCCUCUGGAAUGAGGAGGACACUGCUUACAUACCUCAUGUGGAAGAUUGUUGCAGAAGAGAUUGGUCCACCAGGAAACAAAUGAUGAAUGAAAGACUGAGACCACCAUGUGACAGUCCCCAACCUAACCUCAUAGCCUCCACUCUCUGACAGUUGUUAACACUUUCUCAGCUUUCUCAGAUCUGAUGGACGACAUGCACAAGUUCUGAGUCUGCCUUCCAUAUCAACUUGCCUACCUCAAACCUGUCCACAAGACUCCACAGGCUGCAGCCAAAAAACUAAUCAGUGGCACUUGCUGUCACAGUCAGCUGGUAUAUCCUGCAGUUUCUGGAAGGUUCUUGUGCCCUGCCACCUAAAUGGUCCUUGAGUCUACAGGUCAGUCUUACCCCAGUGUGUGGCAAUGUUCACAAGUCCCUCAAAACUCUGCUUGUGUAGCAUGAGAAAGACACCCUCUCCAUCCCUACUAUGAUAGAUGUAGACCCAGGGCUCCACCCACCAAGAAGCAAAGAGAAAAUGAAAUCAGACACAAGGGCCUCCCUGUGACAAGCACCUGGGCAUCCUGCUGGCCUCCCCAGGAUGCUCUUGACACUUGUAGACAGUUUUUCUGCUUUCUCAGAUCAGAGCUAAGAGGUGCCCAGGCUGGGAGGUUGGCCUUCCUUGUGAGUAAGUGACUUCACACCUGUACUCUUAGCUUCCAAGGAUAGACCUGCCUUCCCCACACUGCCUCUCACUCACCAUCAUUGGUUAGCCACUCAAGCCACUUCAGUGGCCCUUGCUGCACAGUGAUAGUGCCUGCAAAGCCAGUCACACCUCAAGUCCUACUAGCCAAGUGUUCAACAGAGCCUCAACAACUUUAGAUCAAUUCUGAGUCAAUGUCCUUAGGCCCCUCAGAGCUCUGCCUAUGUGGCAUAUUGCUGACUGACUUCUCUAUACCUUGUGAUCCUUCACCUUGAGGCAGGGUUCACUGGUCAUCUGCCCACUGUGUUCACAGUGCCCAAACAUACAUGACCACUGUAUUCAGCUCCCUGUGGAGAAACUGAGCAUCUCCCAUGGAUAAGCACCCGAGGAAAGAAGAAAGUGUGGAAACCUAUGAGACUGAUUUUCCCUGUCCUUUUUUCACCCCUCCCUGCACACCCUGGCUGAACAGUAAACACAGCUACUUGGCUCAAAGCAGAGAACAAAGUGCAGCCUUCUCCCUUUCAUAAGGGAUCAGGUGCCCAGUGUGUCCUCAGAGUGACUUUCCUGAUUUUGGGUGUCUAGAGCAGGUGUCCCCCAAACAGUCUGGAAAGCAGUGGGGCAGCCAUGGCACUGCUGAUUGGAGAUGGCCUGUGGUCUGUGGUCAUAUUCACGACCAUCUUCCUGCUUCUGGUGGACCUGAUGCACCGACGCAAGUUCUGGGCUGCCCGCUACCCUCCAGGUCCUGUGCCACUUCCUGGGCUGGGCAACCUGCUGCAGUUGGACUUUGAGAACUUGACAUACAGUUUUUACAAGCUUCGACAGCGCUAUGGAGAUGUGUUCAGCCUACAGAUGGCCUGGAAGCCUGUGGUCGUGGUCAAUGGACUGAAGGCGGUGCGGGAAGUGCUGGUGAACUGUGGAGAGGACACUGCUGACCGCCCUCCAAUGCCCAUCUUAAAACACCUGGGCUAUGGGAACAAAUCAAAAGGUGUGGCAUUAGCACCUGAUGGACCCGAGUGGAGAGAGCAGCGUCGAUUCUCUGUGUCUACCAUGCGAGACUUCGGCAUGGGCAAGAAAUCACUGGAGCAGUGGGUGACAGAGGAGGCUGGUCACCUCUGUGAUGCCUUCACCCAGGAGGCAGGACAUCCCUUUAAUCCCAUCACCCUCCUGAAUAAAGGUGUAUGCAAUGUGAUUUCAUCCCUCAUUUUUGCCCAUCGCUUCGACUAUGGAGACCCUUUCUUCAAGAGGCUGCUCAAGACAUUACAGGAAAGUUUUGGAGAGGACACUGGCUUCAUUGCUGAGGUACUCAACACAGUCCCAGUGCUCCUCAGCAUUCCUGGGAUAUCGGACAAAGCCUUCCCCAAGCAGAAGGCAUUCAUGGAGUCCCUGGAUAAGAUGUUGGUUGAGCACAAGACAACCUGGGAUCCUGCACAGCCACCACGACACCUGACAGAUGCCUUCCUGUCUGAAGUGGAGAAGGCCAAGGGGAACCCUGAGAGCAGCUUCAAUGAUGAGAACCUGCGCAUGGUGGUGGUUGACCUGUUCACUGCGGGGAUAGUGACCACGUCAACCACACUGUCCUGGGCCCUGCUCCUCAUGAUCCUGCACCCGGAUGUGCAGAGCCGUGUUCAACAGGAGAUUGAUGAUGUCAUAGGGAAGGUACGGCAUCCAGAGAUGGCAGACCAGGCCCGCAUGCCCUACACGAAUGCUGUCAUUCAUGAGGUGCAGCGAUUUGGAGAUAUUGUCCCAGUGAAUUUACCACAUAUGACGUCCCGUGAUGUUGAAGUACAGGGCUUCCUCAUCCCCAAGGGGACGACCCUCCUCACCAACCUGUCCUCAGUGCUGAAGGAUGAGACUGUCUGGGAGAAACCCUUCCACUUCCAUCCUGAACACUUCCUGGAUGCCCAGGGCUGCUUUGUGAAGCAUGAGGCCUUCAUGCCAUUCUCAGCAGGCCGCAGAGUAUGCCUGGGGGAGCCCCUGGCCCGCAUGGAGCUCUUCCUCUUCUUCACCUGCCUCCUGCAGCGCUUUAGCUUCUCGGUGCCUGAUGGACAGCCUCGGCCCAGCGACCAAGGCAUCUUCACAUUGCCAGUUACCCCAGUCCCCUAUGAGCUCUGUGCAGUCAUGCGCUAG